AUGGGCAACGAGGCGAGCUUGGAAGGGGAAGGGCUCCCCGAAGGGCUGGCGGCGGCGGCGGCGGCAGCAGCCGGAGGAGGGGCUGGCGGGGCGGGGAGCCCCUUGCACACCGUGAUCCCGGCCGGCAUGGAAGCGGAUCUGAGCCAACUGAGCGAAGAGGAGAGGAGACAGAUCGCUGCUGUCAUGUCAAGGGCGCAGGGGCUGCCCAAAGGAAGCGUUACCCCGGCCGCUGCGGAGCCGCCUUCCAUGCACAGGAAGCAAGAGUUGGAUAGUAGUCAACCUCCAAAGCAACCAGGAAAACCGCCAGACCCUGGGCGUCCAAUUCAGCCUGGUCUCAGUAAGAGUAGAACUACAGACACUCUAAGGUCAGAGCAGAAAUUGCCUGGAAGGAGUCCUUCCACUAUUAGCUUGAAAGAAUCGAAAUCCAGAACUGAUUUUAAGGACGAGCACAAGUCUAGUAUGAUACCUGGCUUCCUCUCAGAGGUUAAUCCUUUAAGUGCUGUCUCCUCUGUUGUAAAUAAAUUCAAUCCUUUUGAUUUGAUAUCAGACCCUGAUGCCUCCCAGGAAGAAGCCUCCAAGAAACAAAAAAUAGCUCAGAAGGAACAAGGAAAACCCGAGGGAGUCACAAAGCCUCCAUCACAACAACAGUCUCCCAAGACAGUUCCUAAGCAGCCAGGACCUGUGAGGGCUCCACUUCAGCAGGAAGGUUCUCCAAAAUCCGGAUCCACUCAGCCGCCAGAAAAAAGUAAAUCACAACCUCCAGAAACAGGAAAGCCAGCUCAGGGCUUCCCCCAGGCUCUGCAGACAGACCAGGUAAAAUUGCCACUUCAGAGAGAUGCAUCCAGGCCUCAGACUAAACAGACAGACCCAGGAAGGGGUGAGUCGGCUAAACCCUCACUGCAAAGCCCCUCUAAGCCACCUAUUCAGCAAGGAAGUCCUGGAAAAUCUCCAGCCCAGCAGCCUGGAGCUGAAAAACGUACCAUACCACCGCCUGGGCCUGCAAAGCCCCUAGCUCAACAACUGGGAACAGCAAAGCCCCUGGCCCAAGCUCCAGGGCCCACAAAGCCUGGAGCUCAGCCUCCUGGGCCAGCAAAGCCCCUAGCCCAGCAGCCAGGAACAACAAAAUCCCUGGCUCACCAACCCGGGCCACAGUCUCCAGCUCAGCCGCCUGGGCCAGCAAAGGCUCCAGCUCAGCAGCCAGGUUCAGCGAAGCCCCCUCCUCAACAGCCGGGCCCAGCUAAGCCCUCUCCUCAACAGCCUGGUCCAGCGAAGCCCCCGCCUCAACAGCCAGGCCCAACGAAGCCCCCUCCUCAACAGCCAGGCCCAACGAAGCCCCCGCCUCAACAGCCAGGCCCGACGAAGCCCCCUCCUCAACAGCCAGGCCCAACGAAGCCCCCUCCUCAACAGCCAGGCCCAACGAAGCCCCCUCCUCAACAGCCUGGUCCAGUGAAGCCCCCUCCUCAACAGCCAGGCCCAACGAAGUCCCCUCCUCAACAGCCAGGCCCAGCGAAGCCCCCUCCUCAACAGCCAGGCCCAGCUAAGCCCCCUCCUCCACAGGCAGGACCUGCAAAGCCCUCAGCUCAGCAGUCUACAAAACCAGUAAGCCAAACAGGAGCUGGGAAACCUCUGCACCCCCCAACGUUUCCAUCUACAGCACAGACUCCAGCACACGGCCUCCCUAAAACCAUCUGCCCUCUUUGCAAUACCACCGAACUUCUGUUGCAUGUUCCAGAAAAGGCCAAUUUUAACACGUGCACCGAGUGUCAGACCAUGGUCUGUAGUCUCUGUGGUUUUAAUCCCAAUCCUCAUUUAACUGAGAUGAAAGAGUGGCUCUGUUUAAACUGUCAGAUGCAGAGAGCUCUAGGAGGUAACCUGGCUCCAGUUCCAUCAUCACCCCAGCCCAAACCGAAGACUACCCCUGUUCCUGCAUCAGCAGUGAGCAAGCCACCCAUGCCAUCACAGCAGGUUUCUCCAAAGAAAGAUACUACACCCAAACAGGAUGUCUCGAAGGUAGCUGAGUCUAAAAAGCCCCCACCACUGGUGAAACAGCCAACCCUUCACAGUCCCCACCCAGUCACAUCCCAGCAGCCUCCUGAGGCAGAGUCCUCACCCAAGCCAGCCCCUCCCAAAGAGCCUUCUGUCCUGUCUGAACCGACCAAAGUCUCCAUGGCUGUUGAUAAACCAGAGCAGCCCCAGACAGGAAAGCCCGCCACAGACAUUGUGUCUUCAUCAACAGCAACAAGACCGGAUAUUCCAGGCUCCAAAAUACCAUCACAGGAUCAAGAGAAAACAACUCCUCCUCUAAAACCAGACUCUGCCAAACCUUCUCAGAGUUUUCCACCAACAGGAGAAAAAGUUACCCCAGUAGUUUCUAAAGUCAUACCUCGACCUGCAUCAGAUACAAAAAUUAUUUCACAUCCCGGACCUACUCCAGAGGGCAAAGAUCAAAAACAAGUUGAUCCAAUUCAGAAAAAGGACGAACCCAAGAAAGCACAAACCAAAAUGAGUCCUAAGCCAGACACCAAGCCGAUGCCAAAAGGGUCACCGACACCCCAGGGUCCACGACCCCCCACUGGACAAACUGCCCCUCUAUCUCCACAGCCCCCAAAGCCUCAGGAGCAGUCGAGACGUUUUAGCCUAAAUCUGGGAAGUAUUACUGAUGCCCCUAAAUCACAGCCCACAACUCCUCAAGAAACAGUGACUGGGAAACUCUUUGGGUUUGGAGCAUCCAUCUUUAGCCAGGCAUCAAAUCUGAUCUCCACAGCAGGCCAGCCUGGGUCUCAUUCACAGGGUGGGCCAGCGGCCCCAACAAAACAAGUUCCUCCUCCUUCACAACCACCUACUUCUCAAGGGCCACCCAAAUCCAUGGCACCACCAGCACCUGCAAAGGUUCUACCUGUGAAAAAGGAAACCAAAGCUCCAGUAGUUGAAAAACUAGAGCCCAAAGCUGAACAAGUUUCAACAGUAAAAAGAACAGAAACUGAAAAGAAGCCUCUGCCUACUAAGGAGAGCAAACCUUCCACGGCUGAACCUCAAAAGGUUGUUCUUCCCCCCAAACUGGAAGAAACCCCCAAACCAGACUCAGCCUGUCCUCUCUGCAAAACUGAACUCAACAUAAAUUCUAAGGAUCCUGCUAACUUCAACACUUGCACUGCAUGCAAGAAACAAGUGUGUAAUCUCUGUGGAUUUAAUCCUACGCCACACUUGACUGAGAUUCAAGAAUGGCUUUGUUUAAAUUGCCAAACCCAGAGAGCAAUAUCAGGACAGCUGGGAGACAUGGGCAAAAUGCCACCAACACAGGCAGGACCAAAAGCCUCUGCUAUGCCUGUCCCUACAGAGCAGCCAUUUCAGGAGACAGCAGUGCCUGCCCCAGUAAAAGUGAAAAAGAAGGAACAAGAAGAAAAACCUGAUGCUGAAAAAUCCAUUUCAGAAAAGGUAAAAGAAACACCUUCAGGUGAAAAAAUUCCCCCUAAGGAAACCAUAGCUCAAAUCCGAGAGGAGAGGAAAGGAGAGAAAGACAAAACUUCAGCCCCUCAAGAAAAAAAGUCACCCCCUGAAGGCAAAAAGCCACCUUCUGAAGACAAAAGGCCACUCCCUGAAGAAAAAAAGCCACCUCUCGAAGAAAAAAAACCAACCCUUAAAGAGAAAAAGCCGGCUCUUGAAGACAAAAAGUUAGCCCCAGGAGCAAAAUCAUUGGUUCUAGAGGAAGAACAGAAACAGGACUUACUUAAAACUCAAGUACAAAUUGCUGAAGUAAAACCUGAAGGCAGAGUGCCUCCAGAGGCAAGGGAAGAAAAGAAGCAACCACCAAUGGGGACGGAAGAUUUACCAGCCAGCGCACCUCGGCGUUUGCCUAAAGAAGAUGGGAUGACUCAAAAAAUAAAAGUACAGCCACAGGCACCAUGCAUGGCAAAGCCUGAUCAGAUGGAAUCUGGAAAGGAAAAAACAGAAAAGGAAGAAGACAAAUCAGACACUUCAAGUUCUCAGCAACCGAAAAGCCCACAAGGUCUUAGUGACACAGGAUAUUCUUCUGAUGGAAUAUCAAGUUCACUUGGUGAAAUUCCAAGUCUUAUUCCCGGUGAUGAAAAGGAUUUGCUCAAGGGACUCAAAAAGGAUUCCUUUUCACAAGAAAGCAGCCCUUCCAGCCCCUCAGAUUUGGCUAAGUUAGAAAGUACAGUCCUAUCUAUUUUAGAAGCUCAGGCAAGUACACUUGUUGAAGAAAAGUCAGAAAAGAAAACACAGCCCCAUGAGGUUUCUCCUGAGCAGCCUAAGGACCAGCAGAAAACUCAGAGUUUAGAGGAAAAACUGGAAUCUACAGUUCCAGAAGUAGAGCUCAAAGAGAGUCAUGAAGAAGGAGACACUUUUAAAAAAGAGAGCCAACAAGACCUUCCUUCCAGAAAGGAUCAAGAAAAGCCUGAAUUUGUUGACGAGUUGGCUACAAGGAGACAGCCUUAUGAUUCAAUUGAAGACAGUAGUGAAAGCGAAAACUCACCUGUUCCACAGAGAAAAGGGAGGCCUAGUGUUGGUUCAUCAAGCAGUGAUGAGUAUAAACAGGAAGACAGCCAAGGAUCAGGUGAAGAGGAGGACUUCAUUCGAAAGCAAAUCAUAGAAAUGAGUGCUGAUGAAGAUGCUUCAGAUUCUGAAGAUGAUGAGUUCAUUAGGAACCAGCUCAAAGAGAUUAGCAGUAGUAUAGAAAGCCAGAAGAAGGAAGAAGCCAGAGGGAAGGGGAAAGGACCAGGAGGGAAACACAGGCGACUGACGCGAAAAAGUAGUGCAAGCUUUGAUGACGAUGCAGGAAGACGCCAUUCCUGGCAUGAUGAAGAUGAUGAGACCUUUGAUGAAAGUCCUGAGCUUAAAUACAGAGAAACUAAAAGUCAGGAGAGUGAAGAACUUGUAGUUGCCGGAGGAGGAGGACUCCGUCGAUUUAAAACAAUUGAACUCAACAGCACGAUAGCAGAUAAAUAUUCUACAGAGCCAUCACAGAAAAAAACAGCUUUGUAUUUUGAUGACGAGCCAGAAUUAGAAAUGGAAAGCCUGACAGACUCUCCGGAAGAUCGAUCAAGGGGGGAAGGGUCUUCUAGUCUUCAUGCUUCCAGCUUCACUCCUGGCACAUCCCCUACAUCCGUUUCUUCUCUGGACGAAGACAGUGAUAGUAGUCCAAGUCACAAAAAAGGAGAAAGCAAACAGCAACGCAAAGCUCGACAUAGAUCACACGGCCCUCUUUUACCUACCAUUGAAGAUUCUUCAGAGGAAGAAGAAUUGAGAGAAGAAGAAGAAUUAUUAAAGGAGCAAGAAAAGCAACGGGAAUUAGAACAGCAGCAAAGAAAGAGUUCUAGUAAGAAAUCAAAGAAAGACAAAGAUGAACUUCGAGCUCAGAGAAGGAGGGAAAGACCAAAGACACCACCCAGUAAUCUCUCUCCCAUCGAAGACGCAUCUCCAACAGAAGAAUUACGCCAGGCUGCAGAAAUGGAGGAGCUCCAUCGAUCUUCGUGUUCUGAAUAUUCACCUAGCAUAGAGUCAGACCCAGAAGGCUUUGAAAUAAGCCCAGAAAAAAUAAUCGAAGUACAAAAAGUUUAUAAAUUGCCCACAGCUGUGUCUUUAUACUCACCGACAGAUGAGCAAUCUCUUAUGCAGAAAGAAGGUGGCCAAAAGGCAUUAAAAAGUGCUGAGGAGAUGUAUGAAGAAAUGGUGCAUAAAACCCAGAAAUAUAAAGCUUUUCCAGCUGCAAAUGAACGAGACGAAAUGUUUGAAAAAGAGCCUUUGUAUGGGGGGAUGCUAAUAGAAGAUUAUAUUUAUGAAUCUUUAGUAGAAGACACAUACAAUGGUUCAGUUGACAGCAGUCUGCUCACGAGGCAAGAAGAAGAAAAUGGAUUUUUGCAGCAGAGAGGGAGAGAGCAAAAAAUGAGACUUCCAGAACAGAUUUAUGAAGAUCCCAUGCAGAAAAUUACAGACCUCCAGAAAGAGUUUUAUGAGUUAGAAAAUUUACAUGCUGUUUUGCCUCAAGAAGACAUCGUUUCAAGUUCUUUUAUCAUCCCAGAAAGCCAUGAGAUUGUUGAUCUGGGUAGUAUGGUAACUUCUACCAGUGAGGAAAAAAAAUUAUUAGAUGCUGAUGCUGCCUAUGAAGAACUCAUGAAAAGGCAACAGAUGCAGUUAACACCUGGAUCUAGUCCAACCCAGCCCCUCAUCAGAGACGAUAUGACAGAGUCCACUGUGGACUUUGAUAGGGUGCCUGAUGCAUCUUUGACAUCAAGUGUUCUCUCGGGAGCAUCUCUUACAGAUUCAACCAGCAGCACAACACUCUCCAUCCCAGAUGUUAAAAUAACCCAACAUUUUUCAACAGAAGAAAUUGAGGAUGAAUAUGUGACUGAUUAUACAAGAGAAAUUCAAGAGAUAAUUGCUCAUGAAUCACUGAUUUUGACCUAUUCUGAACCUUCAGAAAGUGCUACAUCAGUCCCACCCUCUGACACACCCUCUCUCACAUCAUCUGUUUCUUCAGUUUGUACCACAGAUAGCUCCUCACCCAUUACUACCCUGGAUAGCAUGACCACAGUUUAUACGGAGCCAGUGGACAUUGUAGCUAAAUUUGAAGAUGCUGAGGAAAUUUCUUCAUCAACAUAUUUCCCAGGCAGCAUUAUAGACUAUCCAGAAGACAUAAGUACACCUUUAGAUCAGACAACCAUACGGGAUGGUAGAACUAGUACAGAUCACAUUGUUAUUUCCUUAUCUGAUAUAAAACCUUCUCUCAUAGAAUCUGUAGGAACUAAACUUGAGGGGCUAAUUGCUGACACUGUUUCUGCUGACUUAUCUAUAUCUGAAAAAGAUGCAGCAAAGAAGGCCAGAAAGGAAACAGGGGAUGGACUUAUUCUGGAAGUUUUGGAAGCUUAUAGAGAUACUAGGAAGGAGUCUGAGGCUGAACUGACAGAAAUUAGCUUACCUGACGCUGUGUUUGAUCAGACACCUUCUUCCGUAAAAACCCUUCCAAUGAAGGAGCAGGUUUCAACAACAUGCUUUUUUCCUGAAGAGGUUUUGGGUCAAGCAAAACCCACAUCUCAGCUACCAUCUGGCACUCCUCCCGUUUUCUCUCUUCCAACUAAAACUCGUCCAUUCCUUCGAAGUUCUUCUUUGGACACAUCAGCCCAGCCCCCGCCCCCACCACCUCCCCCUCCGCCACCUCCUCCCCCUCCCCCUCCUCCCCCUCCACCACCUCUUCCUCCUCCUACCUCACCUAAACCAACUAUUCAUCCUAAAAAAAAGUUAGCGGUUACAGCUCCAGUGACUGCAGCUACUGCAGCGACAUCUCUAGUAGAUUCUGUUCCUACAGUGGAGACCACAUCUGCUCCCAGAAGUAAUGGGUUACCUAUGACAAAAAUAUAUACCACUGCACCUCCUCCUGUUCCUCCUAAGCCAUCCUUAAUUCCAUCUGGACUUGUAUUUACACAUAGACCUGAGCCAAGCAAACCUCCACUUGCUCCUAAACCAGCAGUUCCUCAACCUCCAGUCACUACCCCAAAACCAACAGAUACGUACCCCAAACUAACAGGUCUACCUUUAACUACAAGUAUGACAUUAAAUUUAGUGACAUCAGCAGACUAUAAAUUGCCUUCCCCUACCUCUCCACUUUCCCCUCAAUCUAACAAGUCCUCGCCAAGAUUUUCCAAGUCUCUUAUGGAAACUUACGUGGUUAUCACAUUGCCAUCUGAACCUGGCACUCCAACAGAUGCUUCACCUAGUCAAGCUAUUACCAGUUGGCCGUUGGGAUCACCCCCCAAAGAUCUGAUUUCCAUCGAACCAGUAUUUUCUGUAGUUCCUCCUAUAACAGCUGCAGAAAUAUCAGCUUCUUCACAACAGAGCCUGUACAUCUCCAGAGCUUUGGAGACAUUUGCUGCUAUCCCAGUCACAACACUGUCUUCAUUUCAAGCAACUUCAGCUUCAGUUACACAGUUUCACGCAACUGAAGUUUCCAAGGCUGAAGUUCCAACAGCAAGAAGUACAGUCCCUAGUGUUGGUCUCAGCAGUGUCUCUAUAUCCUUUCCUCCAGAGCCUCUUGCUCUUGAUCACCUCCGUUUAGAGAAGCAGCAGCAUAAAGAAGAUGUCCAGUUGCAACUUGUUGGUGAUGCCAUUGAUCUGCGUACAGUACCCAAAGUAGAUGUUAAAGUAACUGAAAAAUGUAUGGAUCUUUCUGCCUCUGCAGUGGAUGUGAAGAGGCAGACCACAACAAGUGAAAUGUAUGGGAGACAAAUUAGUGCUGUCCAGCCCUCAAUUAUAAAUCUCAGUGCAACUUCAUCAGGAGUGACUCCUAUACCCCUGGUCACCGAGACAGUGACUGUUGUCACAUGCACAGCUACUGCAAGUUACACCACAGGCACAGAAAGCCUAGUGGGUCUAGAACUUGCAACAGCAGCACCACUCCAGCUUACUACAUCAAAGCAUGUGGAGCCACCACACAGAGUGCCAAGUGGCCAGAUCUUUCCUACAAUUAGGGAGGAAGCACCAAUAAAUUUAUCUUUAAGUACUUCUGCACAUGCCGUGACAUCAGCUCCUACGAAACCUGUUACUGCACCUCCUGUUGGUGUCACAAAUGGAUGGACUGAUAGCUCCACAUCCCAGAGCAUCACUGACGGGGAAGUGGUGGAUCUCAGUACCUCCAAAGCUCAUAAAACUGUUGUAACAAUGGAUGAAGCUUCUUCAAAUGUGGUGACUAAAAUAAUAGAAGAUGAUGAAAAACCUGUUGAUCUGACUGCUGGAAGAAGAGCUGUGUGCUGUGAUGUGGUUUAUAAGUUACCCUUUGGAAGAAGCUGCACGGCACAGCAGCCUGCAACCACUCUUCCUGAGGAUCGUUUUGGUUAUAGGGAUGAUCACUAUCAAUAUGAUCGAUCAGGGCCAUAUGGUUAUAGAGGGAUUGGGGGAAUGAAACCUUCCAUGUCUGACACUAAUUUAGCAGAAGCUGGACAUUUUUUCUAUAAAAGUAAGAAUGCUUUUGAUUAUUCUGGAGGAACUGAUGCAGCAGUAGAUCUUACUUCAGGGAGAAUUACUACAGGUGAGGUAAUGGAUUAUUCAAGCAAGACUACAGGUCCAUAUCCAGAAACUCGACAAGUCAUUUCAGGAGUUGGGAUUAGUACCCCGCAGUAUUCUACAGCAAGAAUGACUCCACCUCCAGGACCCCAGUAUGGUGUGGGGAGCGUUUUGAGGUCAUCUAAUGGGGUUGUCUAUUCUUCAGUAGCAACUCCAAUUCCUUCCACGUUUGCUAUCACCACACAGCCUGGCUCCAUUUUCAGCACCACCAUGAGGGAUUUGUCUGGUGUGCACACAAAUGACGCCAUGACUUCCUUAUCCGCCCUGCACCAAAGUCAGCCCAUGCCUAGAUCCUAUUUCCUAACAACUGGUGCAUCCGAAACAGACAUUGAAGUCACUGGUAUUGACAUCAGUGCCAGUUUGCAGACUAUUACUAUGGAGACUCUCACGGCUGAGACAAUGGACUCGGUUCCCACCCUGACCACAGCGUCUGAAGUAUUUCCCGAAGUGGUGGGAGAGGAAAGUGCGCUUUUAAUCAUCCCCGAGGAAGAUAAGCAACAACAGCAGCUAGAUUUGGAGCGUGAGCUCUUGGAACUGGAAAAGAUCAAGCAACAGCGUUUUGCUGAGGAGUUGGAGUGGGAACGGCAGGAGAUUCAAAGGUUCCGAGAACAGGAAAAGAUCAUGGUUCAGAAGAAGCUGGAGGAGCUGCAGUCAAUGAAGCAGCACCUCCUCUACCAGCAGGAGGAGGAGCGGCAAGCCCAGUUCAUGAUGAGGCAGGAGACACUAGCGCAACAACAGUUGCAGCUGGAACAGAUCCAACAGCUGCAGCAACAGCUUCACCAGCAGCUGGAGGAGCAGAAGAUCCGCCAGGUCUACCAGUAUAACUAUGACCCUUCCGGAACUGCCUCUCCACAGACCACUGCAGAGCAGGCCAUCCUGGAAGGUCAGUAUGUUGCCCCAGAAGGUGGUCAGUUCUGGGCGACCGAAGAUGCAACCACCACGGCCUCAGCUGUGGUGGCGAUUGAAAUACCACAGAGCCAGGGAUGGUACACGGUUCAGUCUGACGGGGUGACUCAGUACAUUGCCCCACCUGGCAUUCUGAGUACUGUUUCAGAAAUACCUCUGACAGAUGUAAUCGUCAAAGAGGAGAAACAACCCAAGAAGAGAAGUUCUGGAGCUAAAGUCCGCGGCCAGUACGACGAGAUGGGGGAUAAUCUGGCAGAUGACCCCCGCUGCUUUAAAAAGAUAGUGGACAGUGGGGUACAGACUGACGAUGAAGAUUCAGCAGAUCGGAGUUACGUGAGUAGGAGAAGGAGAACUAAAAAGAGUGUCGAUACAAGUGUCCAAACGGAUGACGAAGAUCAGGAUGAAUGGGACAUGCCUGCUAGAUCUAGGAGGAAAGCUCGCGUAGGGAAAUACGGCGACAGCCCUGCAGAGGCGGACAAGGCCAAACCCCCUUCCAAAGUCUCCAGCAUAGCCGUACAAACAGUAGCAGAGAUAUCUGUGCAAACUGAACCAGUCGGAACCAUAAGAACACCUUCGAUACGGGCACGCGUGGAUGCCAAGGUAGAAAUAAUUAAACACAUUUCAGCACCUGAAAAGACUUACAAAGGGGGCAGUUUAGGAUGUCAAACAGAAGCAGAUUCAGACACACAGAGUCCUCAAUAUCUGAGUGCCACCUCUCCACCCAAAGACAAGAAACGCCCAACACCUUUAGAAAUUGGUUAUUCAUCUCACCUCCGGGCAGAUUCCACACUACAGCUGGCUCCUUCCCCACCCAAAUCUCCAAAAGUCCUUUAUUCUCCCAUCUCACCACUUUCACCAGGCAAAGCCUUAGAAUCAGCCUUUGUACCUUAUGAGAAACCCCUCCCUGAUGAUAUAAGUCCACAGAAAGUACUGCAUCCAGAUAUGGCUAAAGUUCCCCCAGCAAGUCCUAAGACAGCCAAGAUGAUGCAGCGCUCCAUGUCUGACCCCAAGCCUCUGAGUCCAACAGCAGACGAAAGUUCCAGGGCUCCUUUUCAGUAUACCGAGGGCUACACGGCGAAAGGUUCUCAAACCGCAACAACCUCUGGCACUCAGAAAAAAGUGAAGAGAACUCUGCCAAACCCACCACCUGAGGAGACCUCCACAGGAACCCCGUCAGCCUACAGUGCAGUGGGCACGGUCUCCAGGAGAAGGAUCUGCAGAACCAACACGAUGGCCCGAGCCAAGAUUCUCCAGGAUAUCGACAGAGAGCUUGAUCUUGUGGAGAGGGAAUCUGCCAAGCUCAGGAAGAAACAAGCAGAACUUGAUGAGGAAGAAAAGGAGAUUGAUGCUAAGUUACGAUACCUAGAAAUGGGGAUUAACAGGAGGAAAGAGGCCUUGUUAAAGGAGAGAGAAAAGAGAGAGAGAGCCUAUCUCCAGGGAGUAGCUGAGGAUCGUGAUUACAUGUCCGACAGUGAGGUCAGCAGCACCAGACCAACCCGAAUUGAAAGUCAGCAUGGCAUCGAGCGACCAAGAACUGCUCCCCAAACUGAAUUCAAUCAGUUUAUUCCACCACAAACCCAAACAGAAUCUCAGCUAGUCCCUCCUACGAGUCCUUAUACCCAGUACCAAUACUCUUCCCCUGCUCUCCCUACUCAAGCACCCACCCCAUACACCCAACAGUCCCACUUUCAGCAACAGACUCUGUACCAUCAGGAAGUUUCACCUUAUCAGACUCAGCCAACCUUCCAAGCUGUGGCAACGAUGUCCUUCACACCUCAGGCUCAACCUACACCAACCCCACAACCUUCUUAUCAGCUGCCAUCACAGAUGAUGGUGAUACAACAAAAGCCACGGCAAACUGCAUUAUAUUUGGAGCCCAAGAUAACGUCCAACUAUGAGGUGAUUCGCAACCAACCCCUGAUGAUAGCACCUGUUUCUACUGAUAAUACGUAUGCUGUUUCCCAUCUUGGUAGUAAGUACAACAGCUUAGAUUUGAGAAUAGGAUUGGAGGAAAGAAGUAGCAUGGCAAGCAGUCCAAUAUCAAGCAUAUCUGCAGAUUCUUUCUAUGCAGAUAUUGACCAUCAUACUUCGCGAAAUUAUGUCUUAAUUGAUGACAUUGGUGAGAUUACCAAAGGAACAGCAGCUUUAAGCACUGCAUUUAGCCUUCACGAAAAAGAUCUGUCAAAAACAGAUCGUCUCCUCCGAACCACUGAGACACGUAGGUCUCAAGAAGUGACAGAUUUCCUAGCACCUCUGCAGACUUCGUCCAGAUUGCAUAGUUACGUGAAAGCAGAGGAGGACCCAAUGGAGGAUCCUUAUGAGUUAAAGCUUCUGAAACAACAGAUUAAACAAGAAUUCCGUAGAGGAGCAGAGAGCUUAGAUCACCUUGCUGGUCUUUCUCAUUAUUACCAUGCUGAUACUAGUUACAGACAUUUUCCAAAAUCUGAGAAGUACAGCAUUAGUAGACUCACACUUGAAAAACAAGCAGCAAAACAACUACCAGCUGCCAUACUUUAUCAAAAGCAGUCAAAGCAUAAGAAGUCACUAAUUGACCCUAAAAUGUCAAAAUUCUCACCUAUUCAAGAAAGUCGAGACCUUGAACCUGAUUAUUCAAGCUAUAUGACUUCAAGCAGUUCAUCUAUUGGUGGCAUUUCUUCCAGGGCAAGGCUUCUUCAAGAUGAUAUUACUUUUGGCCUCAGGAAAAAUAUUACAGACCAACAAAAAUUUAUGGGAUCAUCUCUUGGCACAGGACUAGGCACCUUAGGAAAUACCAUACGGUCAGCUCUGCAGGAUGAAGCGGAUAAGCCAUAUAGCAGUGGCAGCAGGUCCAGACCUUCUUCCAGACCUUCCUCUGUCUAUGGGCUCGAUUUAUCAAUUAAAAGAGAUUCUUCCAGUUCUUCUCUAAGACUGAAAGCUCAAGAGGCUGAAGCUCUAGAUGUUUCCUUUAGUCAUGCAUCACCUUCUGGGAGAACUAAGCCUACCAGUUUGCCUAUUAGCCAGAGUAGAGGAAGGAUACCAAUUGUGGCCCAAAAUUCUGAAGAGGAAAGCCCACUCAGUCCUGUUGGACAGCCAAUGGGAAUGGCCAGGGCUGCCGCUGGACCCCUUCCACCAAUAUCUGCAGACACCAGGGACCAGUUUGGAUCCAGUCACUCUUUGCCUGAAGUUCAGCAACACAUGAGAGAAGAAUCACGGACCCGAGGCUACGAUCGUGACAUAGCAUUCAUCAUGGAUGACUUCCAACAUGCCAUGUCAGACAGUGAAGCCUAUCACCUCCGUCGUGAAGAAACAGAUUGGUUUGACAAACCCAGGGAGUCUCGGUUGGACAAUGGACAUGGUCUAGAUCGAAAACUACCAGAAAGAUUGGUCCACUCUAGACCACUAAGUCAACACCAAGAGCAAAUUAUACAGAUGGAUGGGAAAACUGUGCACUACAUCUUUCCACAUGCAAGGAUAAAAAUAACAAGAGACACUAAGGAUCACACGGUUUCAGGUAAUGGAUUAGGAAUUAGAAUUGUGGGUGGUAAAGAAAUCCCUGGACAUAGCGGAGAAAUUGGAGCCUAUAUUGCCAAGAUUCUUCCUGGGGGAAGUGCCGAACAGACAGGGAAACUUGUGGAAGGCAUGCAAGUAUUGGAGUGGAAUGGAAUUCCUUUAACUUCUAAAACAUAUGAAGAAGUGCAGAGUAUCAUUAGUCAGCAAAAUGGGGAAGCAGAAAUAUGUGUAAGACUGGACCUCAAUAUGCUGUCAGAUUCUGAAAAUCCCCAGCACCUAGAGCUCCAUGAACCACCAAAAGCUGUGGAUAAAGCGAAGUCCCCAGGGGUUGAUCCCAAGCAGUUGGCAGCAGAACUCCAGAAGGUCUCCCUACAGCAGUCGCCACUGGUUCUGUCAUCUGUUGUUGAAAAGGGGGCUCACGUUCAUUCAGGCCCUACAUCGGCAGGGUCCAGUUCCGUCCCCAGUCCUGGGCAGCCAGGGUCGCCCUCAGUGAGCAAAAAGAAGCACAGCAGCAAGCCGCCCGAUGCAGCAAAGGUUGUCUCUCAUCCAAUUACGGGGGAAAUUCAGCUUCAAAUCAACUAUGACCUUGGAAAUCUCAUAAUACAUAUUCUCCAAGCAAGAAACCUAGUCCCUCGAGACAACAAUGGUUAUUCAGACCCCUUUGUUAAAGUGUACCUUCUUCCAGGGAGAGGGCAAGUCAUGGUUGUCCAGAAUGCAAGUGCUGAGUACAAGAGAAGGACUAAAUACGUUCAGAAAAGUCUUAAUCCUGAGUGGAAUCAAACAGUGAUUUAUAAAAGUAUCUCCAUGGAACAGCUCAAGAAGAAAACACUGGAGGUGACAGUCUGGGAUUAUGAUAGAUUUUCUUCCAAUGACUUUCUUGGUGAGGUACUGAUUGAUUUAUCUAGCACAUCUCACCUUGAUAACACGCCUAGGUGGUAUCCGCUCAAAGAACAGACUGAAAGCAUUGAUCAUGGCAAGUCCCAUUCCAGUCAGAGCAGCCAGCAGUCCCCAAAGCCAUCUGUCAUCAAAAGCAGAAGCCAUGGUAUCUUCCCUGACCCAUCCAAGGACAUGCAGGUUCCCACCAUUGAGAAAUCCCAUAGUAGUCCCGGUAGCUCGAAAUCCUCAUCCGAAGGCCAUCUCCGCUCUCAUGGACCAUCUCGCAGUCAAAGCAAAACCAGCGUCACUCAGACCCACCUGGAAGAUGCAGGGGCUGCUAUAGCCGCUGCCGAAGCUGCCGUGCAACAGCUCCGCCUUCAACCAACCAAGCCCAGCAAUCAGCGGCCUGCAGAAAGCUCCGUGUCCACUGGCUCCUCGGGCAGCAGCUUUGGCAGUGGGUAUAGCGUGGACAGUGAAGGAAGCAGCAGCACUGCAGGGGAGACUAAUCUAUUUCCUAUUCCAAGGAUAGGAAAGAUGGGACAGAAUGGGCAAGAGCCUAUAAAACAGACAGGAGUAGGCAUAGGACUAGCAGACACUGAAGUUAAAACUCAGGUAAUGGGAGAAAUCAAGAUUGCAUUGAAGAAAGAAAUGAAGACAGAUGGGGAACAACUAAUAGUUGAAAUCCUACAGUGUAGAAAUAUUACCUACAAAUUUAAAUCUCCUGAUCACUUACCAGAUUUAUAUGUGAAACUAUAUGUGAUGAACAUAUCUACCCAAAAAAAGGUGAUCAAGAAAAAAACAAGAGUAUGUAGACAUGAUCGAGAGCCUUCAUUCAAUGAAACUUUUAGAUUCAGUCUAAGUCCUGCUGGACAUUCUCUUCAGGUUUUACUUUUUUCCAAUGGAGGGAAGUUUAUGAAAAAGACCUUGAUUGGCGAAGCCUGUAUCUGGCUUGACAAAGUGGAUCUCAGAAAAAGAAUAGUCAACUGGCACAAACUUUUGGUCAGUCCUACUCAAACCCACUGA